GUACGACUACUGCUUCAGCUGCCUUCUGGCGUAGAGACUGAGCUAGACUAUGCUACACCGUCUAGAACAUUACGCAAGGGACUCCAAGGCGUACCAGUACUGAUACAGCGCUAAUCGAAGAUGAUUGGUCAAAUUCGAUACACUAUGGCUGGCUAGGCUUUGGUCUGUGACAAGAAGAGGGACCUGCACGCACUUGCCGUCCCUGGAACAACUCAUCCGCAGAAUGCAGAUCCAUUCCGCUGGCCGGGUCGGUGACUGACUAUUUAUUUACCUAGCCCAUCGCUCAACGAGACUGCCAGAUCUCUCCACGAUUUCAACAUGUGUUCUCCUCCUCGCUUGCUAGCCUGGCUAUCAUGGCUGUCUUUGGCGACGGCGACCAACCUCUACGCUACUCACUAUGACGGCAAUGUCUACACCCUUUCUUUGGAUCGUGGCGACAAUGACACCUAUUCGCUCUCUCUCGCCUCCUCGUUGAAGACCUGUGGCUCUAUGCCUAGCUGGCUGACCUUUGACUUGGACUCGCGUAUUCUAUACUGCUCCGAUGAAACCGGUGAUGCGUCUGUCAAUGGAUCCUUGACGACUCUCUCUGCCGACCAAGACGGCACUCUGACGGAGAUAGCGACUGCUGUGGCACCUGGCGGUGGGGUGAAUAAUGUUAUCUAUAUUGAUGAUGACGGGGCACAAUACCUAGCCAUCGCGCAUUAUUCUGGAUCCGCCGUGUCGACAUUUUCUCUGCCCUUGACUUCAGGAGCGCAGCCGCUUCAGGUCUUUCGCUACAACCUCUCUGAGCCAAAGGAAAACCCACAACAAGACUCGCCUCAUCCGCAUCAGGUUUUCUUGGACCCAACUGGGUCAUUCGUCCUUGCUCCAGACCUCGGGGCCGACCUCGUCCGCGUGUACGCUAUCGACAAAUCCACCGGUCAAUUGGACAGUCGCUGCGCCGAUAUCACAUACCCAGCUGGCAGUGGACCCCGACAUGGCAUUUUCUGGACGACUGAGCACUCCAUACUCACCAGCCAAUUGAAGACCCGGCAGCAGGACAGUGUCAUCCUGUAUAUUGUCAAUGAGCUGGACGGUCAUCUGAAGGCAUUCACAGUCACGUACUCGUCCGAUGGCUGUCUUGACUUCGACGAGAUCCAGUCCUUCGUGCCCUACCCAGAUGGCGAGCUGCCAGAGGGAGCUACCCCAUCUGAAAUCCGACAAGCAGGUAGCUCUCUGUAUGUGUCGAUUCGGAGUGAUCAAGGUUUCCCGCCCAACGACUCCAUGGCUAAUCUGGAUCCCUCCUCAAAUGGUAUUGUCACCUUUGACGAGUUGACCUCUUCGUACGGCACCGUUCCCCGGACGUUUGUGAUUAACAAGGCCGGAGACUUGGUCGCAAUUGGUGAUCAAUCCUCAUCGAACGUUGCCAUCGUGACGCGAGACCCUCAAACUGGCAAGCUGGGAGAAGCAGUGGCUAGUCUGCAGGUUGGGGAACCCGGCGAGGUUGGUACGUCCACGGGUCUGAGCAGCGUGGUAUGGGAUGAAUAAUUGGAUAGAUGUAAUGACUUCUAGUUGUGUCCGGCUACUCGAAUAGAGAAUAAUUGAUAUGCCAAUCUCUC